UUUUGGACGGCUCUUAGCAACGGCCCUGGUUUGACCCUCCUCAGCCAUGAGAAAAUCGAAUCAGUGUACCAUUCUUCCAGGCGCCAUGCAGCAUCAGCAGCUCAACGUCAAGGGGGCCUUCCUCCCUGCCUGUUAAUUACCUGCUCUUUCCCAUCUCAGGGCUCCUGCCUUUGCCAAGUGCUCCUGGGAGGAGGGAAGAGACGACCACCACCCAGCCCCCUUGCUGCCUGGGGGCUUCAGGCUUGACUAGAUGGCUAACAGGGGCCCGAGCUACGGCUUAAGCCGAGAGGUGCAGGAGAAGAUCGAGCAGAAGUACGACGCGGACCUGGAGAACAAGCUGGUGGACUGGAUCAUCCUGCAGUGCGCCGAGGACAUAGAGCACCCGCCCCCCGGCAGGGCCCAUUUUCAGAAAUGGUUAAUGGAUGGGACGGUCUUGUGUAAGCUGAUAAACAGUUUAUACCCACCGGGACAAGAGCCCAUUCCCAAGAUCUCAGAGUCAAAGAUGGCUUUUAAGCAGAUGGAGCAAAUCUCCCAGUUCCUAAAAGCUGCGGAGAUCUAUGGCGUCAGGACCACUGACAUUUUUCAGACCGUGGAUCUGUGGGAAGGGAAGGACAUGGCGGCCGUGCAGAGGACCCUGAUGGCUCUAGGCAGCGUUGCAGUCACCAAGGAUGACGGCUGCUACCGGGGAGAGCCAUCCUGGUUUCACAGGAAAGCCCAGCAGAAUCGGAGAGGAUUUUCCGAGGAGCAGCUCCGCCAGGGACAGAACGUAAUAGGCCUGCAGAUGGGCAGCAACAAGGGAGCCUCGCAGGCGGGCAUGACCGGGUACGGGAUGCCCAGGCAGAUCAUGUGAGACGCCGGACCCCGCCACCCGUGGAGAGGACGCGCGUGCCACACCGUGCUCUCUACGAUAAAGAAAUAGUUAGUCACCUUCCGACCCUCUCCUCUCAACGCCUCCCGUCCCAGGUUUUUGCAAGUGCUGCAUUUCUGCUGCGAAUCCACGUUGCCUACCGCUGCCACCUUCUGUUCAUUUAGAACUAUGCAAAGACUCCGCUUCCUUCCUCUUCCUGAGCACCUUCUUUGCUCUGAAAGCCUUCCUUUGUCUGAUUAUUUAUUUAUUUAUUUAUUUGCCAAAAAUUUCCUUCCUCCACUUACACAACGCACCUAAUAAACAAAUUAGUCCGGUGUCUUCAA